AUGAACAGUAUAAUAGAUGUUAACUUUAAAACACAAAUUUUCUGUUCAAUUGUUGCAAAACAGACUAUUACAGAGCCAAAGCUUGGGAUUUCUCUUUUUGAUGUAAAUAAUGGAUCAAUAUCAGUAGCGAAUAUAGAAGACAAUGAACAGCUUUCUGAAUUAGAGUCUCUGCUUGUAAGAACUCAGCCAAGUAAUGUAGUAUAUGCAGUUCAAAACGAUUGUUUAAGCUUAAAACGCUUACGCAAUAUUUUGGACAUGAGCAAUAAUUGGACUUCUGAAGAAAUUGGGUUUCCAAAACCAUCUAGUGUGGAAAAUUUUGAAGAUAUUAUUUCUCCUCUAUUAAGAAGAACUAGUAAAAGUUAUGGAAAGGAACUAGAAAGUGAAUUAAUUAGGCAGUCACUACUUAACCUAAUAAGGCACUUUCAGUUAGUCCAGUCUAAAGAAAAUAACUCUCAAUGCGAAAUUAAAUUUUUAGUAACCAAAAGUUUUAUGAGAAUGGACACUGCUUGUUUACAAUCAUUAAGGAUUUUUCCAAGUAAGGGAGAAAGUAAUAAGUCAUCCACAAAUUUAUUUGGAUUAUUGAACAAAACAAGAACUAAAGUGGGUGCAAGGAGGCUUGAACAAUGGCUGAGACAACCUCUUAUUGAUGAAAAACAAAUUAAUUCACGUCAAGAUGUUGUGGAGUUCUUUUGUAAAAAUGAUUUUUUACGUCAAAAGCUUUAUGGUAUUCAUAUGCGUAAAGUCUGUGAUUUGGACCAAAUAGCUGUUCGAUUUAGAACAUUUGCUUCCUUGGUGGCUUCUGAAAGUUCAAAGUCUGAAAGAGAGCCAAAGUUUGGCCUGGAGGAUAUGGUAAAGCUUUACGAUAGUGUAAUGCAAUCAGGUAAUAUUUUUUCUGAUAUAAAGGAUGCAUUAGAAGAAAAUAAGAACUCAGGAUCUUCUUCGAAUUUCAUUCAGUCAGUAUAUGAUUUGAUUCUUGCACCAUUGGAAUCAACAUUAAACAGAUUCAAAGACUACGUUCGACUAGUUGAGAAAACUAUUGACCUAGAAGAAGCAGAAAAAGGUAACUAUUUAAUUAUUCCUUACUUUACUCCAGAACUUGAGAAACUUUCAGAUGAGAAAAAUAGGAUACAACGCAAAAUUGAAGCUCAUAGGAAAGAUUUGGAUUCAUAUCUCUGUGAAGAACGUGGUUAUAAUGAAGGAUCUAGAGAAGCCGUUAGGGUUAUUAGAGGAGAAGGCGUUGAUACUACUCUUUGCUUUAGAGUAACUAGAAAAGACAUAGAAUAUUUCCAAGAUAAGAAACGAUUUAGGCAAGUCAGAAUCAACAAGAAUGAUUAUAUUUUUAGGACAAAAGAACUUAUUGAACUUUCAGAUCUUGAAGAAAGAGUUAUAAAAGAUUACAACAUUGAGCAAGAGCAAGUUCUCAUUAAGGCUUUGUCUGUAGCAUCUACUUAUUGGUCUUUGGUUUCACGUCUUUCUGGUAUUUUGGGGUCAAUUGAUGUACUUUUAAGCUUUUCAAUGACAUCUUUAUGCGCCCAAAUUCCAUUUGUGAGACCUAAAAUGGUUAGUGGGGAAUGCAAUUUAGCUUCUGAUAUGGAAAUGUCAGAAGAUGGAUCCACUAAUUGUAAUUGCAGAUUCUACUGUAAAGAGCUUCGCCACCCAUUGAUUGAAGCUCAAGGAACAGUUUCAACAACUGGCCAGUUUGUUGCAAAUAAUGUUGAUCUUCAUCGCCAUGGAAAUUUGUUAAGUAUUAUUACUGGGCCAAAUAUGGGUGGAAAAUCAACUUAUAUUCGUCAAAUUGCCAUAUGUUCUUUGUUAGCUCAAAUUGGGUGUUAUGUUCCUGCAAAGGAAGCACAAGUACCGAUAAUGGACCAAUUAAUGUGCAGAGUUGGCGCCUCUGAUGCACAAAUACUCGGAAUUUCAACUUUCUUUGCCGAGAUGAUUGAGGCAUCAGCUAUUCUUAGGAGUGCAACUGAACGAACUUUGGUUAUAGUCGAUGAACUGGGGCGUGGUACAUCAACUUUUGAUGGAUUUGGGCUUGCAUGGUCUAUUGCAAAUUAUCUAGUUUGCCAGAAAAAAUGCUACACUCUUUUUGCUACACACUUUCAUGAACUCAGCUCACUUGCGUCUAGUACUCCAAACGUAACAAACUUAAGAGUAACUGCAUCUACAUCAAAGGCUUUAUCCGUUUCAAAACCAGGAAGUGGAGUUCUCAAGUUCUUAUACAAGGUUGAAAAAGGAUUCACAGACAAAUCUUUGGGAGUUGAUGUUGCAGAACUUUCUGGGCUCCCAUCAGAAACAGUAAAAAGAUCAAGAGAAAAAGCUGAAGAGCUAACUUUGGUUGAGCAAGUCUAUGUGAAUCCACAAAGCUGCCAAAACAAAAAGAGGCUUCAGUUAACUAAUGUUGCUUCCAAGCUAAAAUCAAGUCUUGAGACUGUCUUAAAUUCUGCAGAAACUUGCUCUGAUUCUAAUAUGUUCAAAGAAGCCUCGUUGAAUUCAAUUCAGAAUCUCAGGGAAAUACUUAAUCUAAGUGUUAUUUUGUGUUAG